AUGGAGGUGGCACCUGAGACGAUUGAGGCCAAGGAGAUGGUGGAUGGAGGCGUGGGAGAGCCUGUGCUCCGGAAGAUGCCGCAUGCGCUCAAAUACGAGGUGGUGGCGCGGUGGAAGCGAGCGCGGGUCGGCCGCCUCACCCUGCCCCACCACGUCUGCGAUACCCCCAUGUUCAUGCCCGUAGGCACCCAGGAGGCCAUGCACAGAACUAUCCGCUGGAUCGACCGAUGCAUCAACGCCCACAAGAAUCCCACCACCCAGAACCUCUUCGCUAUUGUCCAAGGCGGACUCGACACAAAUCUCCGGACGCAGUGCCUGCGAGAGCUCAUCAAGCGAGACACGCCGGGCUAUGCCAUCGGCGGGCUCAGCGGAGGCGAGCGCAAGGAGGACUUCUGGCGCGUCGUCGCCCUAGUGCACCGACCCCGAGCU